GGAGGUCUGAUUUUGUCUCAACUUUUUCAUUUGAGUCCUUUUUCGUCUGUCUGAGAAAUGUGUUACAUGGUGUGCAGGUAUGUUGUGCGAUGAAUUCAGCUACGGUUCCCGGUCAAUGCCUCCAAAGCCUUCGUGUUUGGCAUCGUCACCUGUCCGGCACGGCAGAAUGUUUUAUUAGCUGAGCCAAGAGAAGAGUCCUGCUUUAUCGAUUAGAUCCCUUUGCACGUGUCACCAUGGAUCAGAGACUGGCCGUUCCCAUAGCGACGAUCAAAACAAGCCUGCCGACAGAAGCCGCAUCUAAGGAUCAUCACAAUAACCACGGUAUUUACGGCUCAAUUCGCCUGGCGGUAAUGCCUCUGUGUGCAACAUUAGGCCGUGUUAUCUCAACUUGUGUUUGUUAGGCUCAUCCACCUCUGCUCCUGCGUGGACUGUAACACACUUUGUACCAUCCGUGCACAUACACUUCAUGUCCUUCUAUGAUCAUUGGUUCCCUCCCCCUGGUCUCAUCAGUACCAGGUGACACAUGCAAAGACAUGUACGGAGCCUCCUUCAACCAUUACAUCGUUACAGAAAUGAGUCUGGAAGAUGCUCUACAGGUGUAAAAUGUUGUUUCAUAUAUUAACAGUGUUCCAUCUCAUCGAAUUCACGUCUCUGCCAUUCAAAUAGGUAUUGUCUUCUCUGCUGUAACGUCUCCGCUGCUGCUGCUGCUGCGGCUUUGUCCGAUCAAGCUCGAUUGAAAGCAAAGGACAUUUUAUUCCAACUGCAGCCCUUUUUUCACAAACCAAGUCAUUUUCACCCAGAGCAGAUACAGGCGCAACUGAAGUGACCGAGCCAUCUGGAUACCUGGGGAGGAAGGUGAUGAUCUCUGCGAAGCAGAACAGUGUCUGCAUACAAAGAUACUUUCAUCCACCUGACCCACAAGACUUGGGUGGAUGCAGUAGGUUAUUCACAGGUUGGAAUAUUGUAAUCUUCUGGGGGCCUCAUCUGGAUGCUGAUGCUUACUCUGGUUCUCUCCUGAGCACAGGCAGCUGAUUUCAAAAAUCACACUUAGUGAGCCAAUAAAUUGCUGGAGCAUUUAUGGAUGAAGUCUGGAUUCUGGGCUGCUAUGAGGCUUCUGAACCCUUUUAUUUAAAUUCAGAGGAUUGGAAAACUACCUUCAAUUUAUGGAAAAUACAAAAUUAAAAAGAAUUCAGUUAAACCCACUUUGAAAAUCUAAAAUGCAUUGACAUAUGUGGCCUGUGAUGAACUAAAGCCAUUUCAACCCUCUUAUCCCUUUUUGUCCUUUCAAACAAAGAGUCUUGGCGUGAUGAGACUUUAUUGUGGGUGCUAUCGUUAAUGCACAUGGAUCUUAAAUGACAUAAAAUCUCCUCUCAGGACCUGAAUACAAAACCCCACAAGCAGUGUGGACGACAGAGUGCAUGUUUUGGACAUGAUGCUCUUCAAAUAAUUAGGCAUUUAAGCCCUAACCCUUUCUUUAAAUAAGUAAAGUGAAUCUAGUUCUCAAAAAAGGACCAAAUAAAAUUGAAACUGUUUCCAAACUGUUGACUGGUAAGGUGUGAAAUGGCUGCCAUGCCCACCUGCCAUCAAAAGGAAUUAGGUUCACACAGAGAAACCUCCAGAAGGUGUAAUAUCUGUAUUUUCUCGGUGACCAGUGUAUCCUCUUUGUGACACAGGAGCUGUGGAGGCGAUGCAGAAAUUCUGCUUUUGUUCAAUCCAUGAUAUAUUUAUCCGAUGAGUAUUUCCUUGCACAUGUUGAAAGUUUCCUGUCUGUGAAAUCAACACAUUUCGCUGUUGUGCGAGAGAGCUUUCUUUUAUCUCUGAAAUUGAGGUGGUUCUUUCUCUGGUCGACUGAAUGAAUGAAUUUCAAAGGAAGCCAACAAUGCGUGUGUAGGCCUUUUGCAAAUUUUCAAAUUGGGAUGGAUGAAUGAAAAAAACGAAACAAUAGAAAAGUAAUAACCUGGCGAAGCACACUUGAAAACCAGAGCUUUUGUGAAGGACUUUUUCCCCAUGGAAACCCACGUCUAUGACGCAUCUCACUUGUCUUCGUGAUCAAACCCUUAAUUGAGGCGUUUCACUUAAUAGACAGCACUCAAAUGAAAAAAGGACUUUAUUCUUGACCUCGUAUUGGAAAUAUGGAGCGGAUUGUUGGCUCUGAAUUAUUAGGGUUAAGAGUAAGUUACCGUGUCCUCCUCCAUUGAGGUUCUGAUGUGAGGAGAGAUGGGAUUCACUCCUUCACCGUCGACUUUGACUCUGGAGGCCGAGCACAUCAGUGACCUUAAGACACUCGAGAAACGCAGCCGUCUCACGAAUUCAAGAUUGUCUGACCGUAACAAUAGAGACCUGCAAAGAGGCUCCCUCGCCGCCGCAACCCGUGGCCAUGAUGGGUCUCUAAGCAACAAGCGCUAGAGCAUGAAAAAGGAACAGAAUCCACUUAAUUACGUGCCGAUGAAAUCUGCCUCCUGUCUGUUGGGGCGAGAAAAGAAAGAGAGGAGCAGCCGUGGAUGACAUUAGUAUUUUUUAUUUACAGAUCGAUUUUACUUUAGUUAUAAACUCUCUUAGUUUAGUGCUGCUGAAUGAUGUCUUUCUGUGGACAGAUUCGUGUUUUAUGGCAAGGAAAUGUUCUAAUGAUAAAAUAGAGGAAAAGUUAUGCGCAGAAAGGGCUGAAAUGAGAUGGAGUUGAAACAUUAUUCGAUGAAGAGCAUUUUUGACUUUACAGUCCUCCUCUUUCUUAAUUAUUGUGUCACGCAUUGCUCAUAUGAUCUGGUGCUGGCUCACAAUCAUCUGAAGGUGGAGUGUCCUACUGACUUUUAAUAAGACUCCAACUGUUUGCCUUGCAUGCAGCCUGUCACAGGAGUUGCUAGGGAACAUCUUAAGGCAGCAUUUGGUGCGAAUGUAAAUAUUUAAAGUAAGGUGUGCACGUGAUACUGCAGCACAUUUAGUUUUACUUUUCAUGUUCUGCCAAACAAUACCCCAAAUAUUCUUGAAUUUCCUUUUAGGGUUAUAGAUAUCUACUUUUAUAGCCUCCCAGCUUUGAGACGUGAGACAUGAGAAUGAGGUAUUUCACCAGAUAUAGUGGGAAAACAAAUCAGGAUAAAGCGUUAAUUAUCUGUAAAUGUAUAUACGCAUAUAUGCAGCUGUGUGUGGUGCUUGUGAUCUAGGUCGGUUCUGCUGGCUGGAUCCUGUCACAUCGGUUGGCUCAGCCUCUGAUGUCACUGAGUGCGGCGCGGGUCUCCAGUGCGCAGCGUCAGGGACGCAGCCGUCGUGGCACAGACAGCGAGUUCUCUCCUCGUCAACGCACGCAAUCAUACCCAGAAACCUUUUGGUUCCUUCGGGCGUCCGGAUUUCAGUCUCCGGCCGAGCAUCCCGCCUCGCAAACGGCGUUGAGAACUUUAGUUUGCGGCAGAAAGAGGAACAGCAGCCCGGUUGGGAGUUCAGCACCAUGGACAGCGGCGUGGUGCACAUCUACAAAGAGGACAGGUGUCCCUCGGGCCAGCUGGAGGACUGUUUCCAAAACUUCACCUGGCCAACGGGCUCGUCGGACAUCUUCAACAACACACACAACGGCACCUGGGACACGGAACCCGAGCCCAUGUCGCCCAUUAUUCCCAUUAUCGUCGCCGUGUACUCCGUGGUGUUUGUGGUGGGCUUAGCGGGAAAUUGUCUGGUGAUGUUUGUCAUUGUCAGAUACACCAAAAUGAAAACCGCCACCAACAUCUACAUCUUCAACCUGGCCGUGGCCGACGCUCUGGUCACCACCACCAUGCCCUUCCAGAGCACCGACUACCUGCUCAGCUCCUGGCCCUUUGGUGAGGUGGUGUGCAAAGUCUUCAUCUCCAUCGAUUACUACAACAUGUUCACCAGCAUCCUGACGCUGACCAUGAUGAGCGUGGACCGCUACGUGGCCGUGUGCCACCCCGUCAAGGCCUUGGAUUUCCGAACGCCCGUCAAGGCCAAGAUCGUCAACGUGAUCAUCUGGGUGCUGUCGUCCGCCGCCGGGAUCCCCGCCAUGAUACUCGGCAGCACCAAGACCAAUAACGGGACCACGGAGUGUGCCCUCCAGUUCCCUGACCCCUACAGCUACUGGGACACCCUGAUGAAGAUCUGCGUGUUCAUCUUCGGCUUCGUGUUACCCGUCAUCAUCAUCUCCGUCUGCUACACGCUGAUGGUCAUGCGGCUGAAGAGCGUGCGCCUGCUGUCCGGCUCGCGCGAGAAGGACCGCAACCUGCGGCGGAUCACCCGCCUGGUUCUGGUGGUGGUCGCCGUCUUCGUGGUGUGCUGGACGCCCAUUCACAUCUUCGUCCUGGUCAAGGCCCUCUACGGCCAGGUGCCGGAGACCACCGCUGUCAUGGCCGCCUACUUCUUCUGCGUGGCGCUGGGCUACACCAACAGCAGCCUCAACCCCAUCCUCUACGCCUUCCUGGAUGAGAACUUCAAGAGGUGCUUCAGGGAUUUUUGCUGCCCCGGCGCCCAAGGACACAGGGACUCCCACGGGCUGAGCCGGGUGAGGAGCACCCUGCGGGAUCACUCGUGUCCCCCAGACGGCCGAGGAGACGCGAGGCGGGCCAGGAACGUAUGACUAGCCAUGGACUCGGCCUCGAUGCCCUCUCAGAUCUGGGAGGACUCCAAUGACCUGGGACUGACCCAGAUCUCCACCACCUGCUGAGGGACGUAAGCGAGAGCUGGCUGAGGCGUGUUUGUUAACCAGUAUUAAGUUAGUACAGAUGAAGCAUUUCUUUCUCGGCUCGUUCAUAUGAACAGAGGAAGGAAGAAAAUUAGAUUCUGGUAUUAAUGCAUUUUGUUUAGCUUGUAGGACGUUUUAGAGGUUACUCAAGUCUCUUGGGUCAAAUUACCAAACAGGUAAAUGUGGCCCUUUUACUAAGUAGAAUCUGCGAAAACGGCUGACAAUUGUGUAUACAACCAUAUAGACAAUAUGCAUACUAGUAUUGAAACAACAUGUUGUUGUUGUUGUUUAUUCAUGGUUUUUGUUGACAUUUAGAAGAAAUAUGGUGUAAGACCAGACUUAUCCUUUGAAAUAAUACUAAAAUUAAAAGAUGCAUCUUAUCACAACCCAGUCAGAUGCUAAAUCACUGAAUAUUCUUUAAUGUUGUAUAAAGCUGAAAUCUAACUCAAAACCGGUAUUUUGUUACAUGUUACUUCACAUAUCGUUCAACGGGAAAAUAUGGAGAAAGAUGUCCAGACGAGACAAACCAAAAGUAUUUCAUUGUGUAAAUUGAUGACAUUUUAUUCACUUGUCAACAACGGUGUUGUGACCAUUGCUUUAAACCUGUUUGAUGUGAAUUGUGGUUUGGUCCUUUGCUGAAUUGUACAUUUCCGAAUAAUCUAUAUUAUUGUAGAAUGUAAUAUAUUUAUUAACCUCUCAGGGAUCUUUCUCUGUAUUUCACCACAAGAAGAUACAAAGCCAGUGUAUUUUCUUCAAGGCAAGACGGCUGUUUUUUGAUGAAGCUAAACAGUGAGCUCGGUGUUCCCUCAAAUGCAUCUUGUUCUUUCAGAAACUAUCAUUAUGACAUUAAGUCUGACACGGCACCUUUAUGGAUUUCCAGCCUUAAUGCUGCUCUCAUCGGGGAGGUGUCAACUAUUGUAGAUAGUGUUGCCAUCCUGGCAUGUUAUUGUCUGAUAUACUAGUAAAUGUGAAAAGCGGGUAACAGGGCUCCUUGAGAAUAACACACUGUAUCUGCGCGACAUGUCGCUGGGUGUUGAGUGAAGCUGAGUGUCCUGUAAAUCUGUGCUCAUCAAAAGGAACAUAAAAAUGGAUUCGUGGGUUUAUCCUGAAGGUAAAAUAGCUUUUACUUCAGCAAAAAAAAAACGCGACUGAUUUACUGUCGUGGUUUCCUUAAUCGUCGUAGCUUUUAUAGGAGUCGUGAAAUCAACGCCUGUUGUAGAGCAACCCACUAAUGUGUCUAAUAACGUAACGUAAAUCUGAUAAAAACGUGUUUUUGCGCCUGGUCUUAUUCGCCCUCUGGCCGUUACGCUUGCUCAAAAAAUCUGCAUUUAGCCACAUCCAUGUUUGGGAUUACUUUUGGUACGGUAAUCUUUUAGUGUAAGCGUUGUAGCAUCAUCCGUAAGUGAACGGAAGCUGAGUAUGAAUCAAUUUUGGUUACACUAUGUGUUUCUUAACUAUUCUAAUAAUACUGUUAUUUAUUCGAUGGAAAUGAUUGUAUCCAAAUGAUUGAACUCCACCCAGUUUCGAGCACCAUAUACUGCGUGUAUAUUGUACUGCUGCAUUGUAAAUGAACUGUAUCGGUUGGAUUUCUUGCCGUAUGUUUUCAGCUCUGAAAGUAGAACCUUGCUUCGCACAUGUGCAACAACGCCACAAUAAAGCUUGCAAUUGGAA